AUGAAGAACGUCAAUCUAUGGUUGAAUCAAGAGAGCAGAACAGGAACGCCAGUCUCAAGGUCCACAUUGAGAGGGGACUACGCAAGACUCAAUUUCCCUAACCUAAAGCAUACUCAUCUGGCUGGCAACCCUCUGCACUUGUUUGUUGAUGCCAAGCUCCAAGCAAUUUGCCAGACCCUAGAGAGCUCUAGGAAGAAGAAAGUUAGCAUCGAAUCGAAGCCUGAAUCGGUUGUUUCAUUGCUGACCGUUGAGACUGAGGAGUCAUGUUCUUCUUCUUCUGUGGUGACGGGGGCAACGAGUUUUACGGUUUCAGAGAUCGAGAGCUUGGAUUUCAACGAGGUGCUGUGGGACGAUGUCGAGGACUUUGUGUUGAGGAAAUACUCAACUUAUGAGAUUGAUUGGGAUUCUAUAUUCUCUUCAGCUUAG